UUCCCCACUUUAUAAAAGACCAUUCUACUUCUAUAUAUAUAUAUAGUGUGAGUGAGACAGAGCCUCACAUAAAUAAAAAGUCUCCUAAUCUGAAUACAACUAUUACUAACAAUAAUUCACUUAUCUAAAGACCAUCAUCUGACUGACUCUACGCUGAAUCAUCACGAGGAAGACUUGAAUCGACCGGAGAAGAGAUACGUGUAGAGAUCUGAUUGGCUCACCGGAGAGAACAAAACAAGAAAUGGGGAGGACGACGUGGUUCGACGUUGACGGGUUGAGGAAAGGAGAGUGGACGGCGGAGGAAGACCGGAAGCUCGUGGUUUACAUCAACGAACACGGUCUAGGCGAGUGGGGUUCACUGCCUAAGAGAGCCGGUCUACAAAGAUGUGGAAAGAGUUGUAGAUUAAGAUGGCUGAAUUAUUUGAGGCCUGGGAUUAAAAGAGGCAAGUUCACUCCUCAGGAAGAAGAAGAAAUCAUCAAAUACCAUGCUCUUCUUGGAAACAGGUGGGCAGCAAUAGCUAAGCAAAUGCCAAACAGAACAGAUAAUGACAUAAAGAACCAUUGGAACUCAUGCCUUAAGAAAAGACUUGCUAAAAAAGGAAUCGAUCCAAUGACCCAUGAGCCAACAACAACAACAAGCCUCACCGUCGAUGUCACCUCCUCAUCAACUACGUCGUCUCCUACACCGAGCCCUACUUCUUCUUCUUUUUCCUCCUGUUCCUCUACUGGCUCUGCACGUUUCCUUAACAAGCUCGCUGCUGGAAUCUCGUCAAGAAAACACGGACUAGAGAGUAUCAAGACAGUGAUAUUGGCAGAACAACCAAGAGAAGCCGUUGAUGAAGAGAAGAUGAUGACAAUUAACAUGAAAGAGAAGGAAUUGAUUAGUUGUUACAUGGAGAUUGAUGAGACGAUGAGUAUUGAUGAACUACCUUGUGAUGACUCGACGUCUGGCUUCGUGGCUUUUGACGACUACUCAUUAAUCGACCCAUACAGAGACGGUGUGUACGUAUCUGAUUUCUACGAUGAGACUGAACACCUUGACCUGUUCCUUCUUUGAAUCACAUUUCCUUUGUCUAAAUAAAUCCGUUUCUUUAGUGUGACGAGAGAGAGACAGUGGAGAGAGAGACAGUGGAGAGAGAUGUCUGAAAAAAACAAGUGCGGAUUAGUACUUUGAAUGACAUGCAUGGUCAAUGUUGUUUUACAGCUUUGAGCCUUUGACUGUUACUUUUUAUUUUAUUUUAGGUACCUGUUCUCUCACACAUGCCUAUGAGCCUACAUAUAUUUGAGGGUUUCAUACCAUUUUGGUGAAACAAGCCUAUCGGUUACUAUAUUCCUUAUAGGUUUUGUCAUAAUGGCGUGGUUAAAACUUUAUC